AUUACAGGCAUGAAAGGUAAGAAAGUGCAGGAAUUCUGCACAAGGCAGGAUUCUUCAUUGCUGCUGUUGUUUUCAGGCUCUUGUCUUGCCUUUGCUGUGAGUUUUCUUGGCAGAGAGGUGGUGCUCUGUUCAGGAACCUGCACUGAAUGUGUUAUAGUUCACACAGGGGAAGGUGCACAGGUGGUUUACUAAUCAAUUGUCCUGGCCUUGCCUUGGUCUUGGCCCCUCUCCUCUGGGAACCAGCAGCUACAAUUUUUCCUUGCCAACAGCUUCAGCAUCUGGAACAGAAGGCUCUUUGUUGAUCAUAGAAAAAUAUACCUCGUUGAAGGUAGAAGGAGCUUGGGAACCGUCUGGUUCUACUUCAGUUUUACAGAUGGGGAGAGGCCCAGAGAGGGGAAAGGACUUGAUCAAGAUUGGACAAGACAUCAGUCAGUGGUGGAGAUAGUACUAGAAGUGAAAAGUCCUGACUCUGUUUUUUCCAGUCUACUACAUUAUAAUAAAAUUCUAACAUUUAUUGAGUACUUGCUAUGGGGCAGAUCCUGUUUUAAGCGCUUUUUAUGUAACAUCUCAAAACUCUAUAUUUUACAGACUUAGAAACUGAGACAGAAAUCAUUCAGAUCUAUUUUCGGGUUCCCUGACUCUGCUUUUUAAUAUGGUUUUAAUGACUGUCGUCUCCUAACCAGUGGGGUGGAACAGUUUAGGAAUAUUAGUACACUUUAAAAAUUGCAUGUUGAUCAAGUCAGGCAGUGAGAGCAGAAUUUUAGAGUAAACUCAGUCCAGGAUCUUUCUGUAAAGAUGCCCAGUCAGUGGUGGCAAGAUUCAGUUUAAUAAGCGCAUAUUGAGCUCUUGCUAUGUACAAGACCCAGGUAUUGAGAAAUAUACACAGAGGAGAACAACGCAUUUCCCACCCUCCUAUAAGUAGUUCUCUUUUGUUUCCAGUGCAUGUUCAUUUUUUGUAUUAGUUAUCUAUUUUAUACUUACUAGAGUAUAUAUGUCAAUCCCAAUCUCCCAAUUCAUCCCACCACCACCACCCCCAGUAAUUCUCUUCCUAGAGCCUUCUCCCUCCAGUGUUGUUGGCAAGAUAGGAAAAUUUGAAAUACAGCCAUACCCCAUUUUAUUGCACUUCACAAUUAUCGCGUCUUUUACAAAUUGAAGGUUUGUGGCAACCCUGCAUUGUCAGAUGAUGGUUAACAUUUUUUAGCAAUAUUUUUAAAUUAAGAUUUUCAUGCCAGGUAUAAUGAAGCAGAGGCCAGUGGAAAACUGAAGAAUGUCUGCUAUGUACAGAGGCCAUUGAAACACUUCCUGCAACUGGAAGACAGCAGCCCCCUGACAGGAGCAUUACUGCAUUUGGAAUUUCAAGUUUACAGAGGGUCUGCUUCGCAAAGUUGGGCAGACCUAUAGUUUCAAAAACAACUCUCCUUCAACAAGUUCUGUUUCCAAGGAAAAGUCUUAACCAUUUGUCCCUUCUGGCGCACCCUCUUCCAUUGAAAUCCAUGCAGAAUAGACCAGAGAUGGGCAGCAGUGAACCUGUUCCCAUUGCAGAAAGUGACAAGAGGAAGAAGAAGAAGCGGAAGGCCCGGGCCACUGACUCCUUGCCAGGAAAGUUUGAAGAUACGUACAAACUGACCUCUGAGCUGCUUGGAGAGGGAGCCUAUGCCAAAGUUCAAGGUGCCGUGAGCCUGCAGAAUGGCAAGGAGUAUGCUGUCAAAAUCAUUGAAAAACAUGCAGGACACAGUCGGAGUAGGGUAUUUCGGGAGGUGGAGACGCUGUAUCAGUGUCAAGGAAACAAGAACAUUUUGGAGCUGAUUGAGUUCUUUGAAGACGACACAAGGUUUUACUUGGUCUUUGAGAAAUUGCAAGGAGGCUCCAUCCUGACCCACAUCCAGAAGCAGAAGCAAUUCAACGAGCGAGAAGCCAGCCGAGUGGUGCAGGAUGUUGCCGCAGCCCUUGACUUCCUGCACACCAAAGGCAUUGCUCACCGCGAUCUGAAGCCAGAAAAUAUAUUGUGUGAAUCUCCAGAAAAGGUGUCUCCGGUGAAAAUAUGUGACUUUGACUUGGGCAGUGGGGUGAAACUGAACAACUCCUGCACCCCCAUAACCACACCAGAGCUGACCACUCCAUGUGGCUCUGCAGAGUAUAUGGCCCCUGAGGUGGUAGAAGUCUUCACGGAUAAGGCCACUUUUUACGACAAGCGCUGUGACCUGUGGAGCCUGGGUGUGGUCCUCUACAUCAUGCUGAGUGGCUACCCGCCCUUUGUGGGUCACUGCGGAGCCGACUGUGGCUGGGACCGGGGAGAGGUCUGCACAGUGUGCCAGAACAAGCUGUUUGAGAGCAUCCAGGAAGGCAAGUAUGAGUUUCCUGACAAGGACUGGGCUCAUAUCUCCAACGAGGCCAAAGACCUCAUCUCCAAGCUCCUGGUUCGAGACGUGAAACAGAGACUGAGUGCCGCCCAAGUUCUGCAGCACCCGUGGGUGCAGGGGCAAGCUCCAGAAAGGGGACUCCCCACGCCGCAAGUCCUCCAGAGAAAUAGCAGCACAAUGGACCUGACGCUCUUUGCGGCCGAGGCCAUCGCCCUUAACCGCCAGCUGUCUCAGCAUGAGGAGAAUGAACUGGCGAAGGAGUCAGAGGCGCUGGCCGAGGGCCUCUGCUCCGUGAAGCUUUCCCCUCCCUCCAAGUCACGUCUGGCCCGCCGGAGGGCGCUGACCCAGGCAGGCCGCAGUGGAGACACGCAACCGAGCCCAACACCCACAGCGCUCUGUCCCACUCCGGGCCCCAGGCCUGGCCCCACUGGAAACCUGUGAGGGGCCUGCUCUGCGGCUCCAUCCAGGCCUUUUCAUCCACAAAGGCUCUCGUCCUCCUUUCCCCAGAGUCCUCAAGGAAAAAGCUUUUUCCUAAGGGGUUGUCUUUGAAAGGCAAACUAUCACUUGUCACUUUGCAUAAUUGCCUGCGGCAGGGACAUCUCUUUACUGGGCUCCUGCCCACCUGCUCACCCGCCUGCGGAUCGAGGAUCCAGCCCGCUCUCACCGGCUGGGGCUGCGGCCUUCAGGGAGCCAGCCUUGAGAAGCGUCAGUUGACAGAGGCUCUUCCCUCUCUCUGCACUGUCACCCCCCUCUGGCGGUCCUUCCACCUUCCUCUGUCCUCCGGACGUCCUCCCCCUUGGCUGAGGGAAGCCGUCCCCUCGAUUCAGGGGAGGGCAGGGAGCCUUCUGCAUUCAGGAGGCCGGAUCCGUCUUCCAGUCGAUGGCUCAGAGAAGCACAUAAUCUUUCUUUGCCAUGACCAAAAUGUGUCCGUCAUUUAUCAUCCUCUACUUUGUUUGGGAUUGCUGCUGAAGUCAGUAUUAUUUCGUGUUUUACAAUAUUUGGCAUUUUUUCUAACCGUGCUCUUCCGACAAAGAUGAGACUUUAAACUCCCACUGUGAGCCCACGGACUUUGCAGAGCUCUUAGGGUUCAUUUUUCUCUCCUGAACCUCCAUGCACUUGGAGGGUUUUAAUGAGCUACUUCCUGUUACUCUAACUGGUUUUAAGCUGUUCAGAUGAUGAGUGACUCAGAGACCAGUGUGUCUGCUGCUACCUUCCUCGAGCCUGGUGUGGAGGGCAGCGCAGGUCUGGGGCACUGAGGAGCUCUGUGCCUGAUGUGGAGCCAGUCCGGAGGCUGCCCAGCCACCCUGGUCUGAGCCGUGUGGUGCCUUCUGCUGGGGAGCUGAUAGCUGAGCAUCAGCGGAGCUGCUUAGUUAUCUAAGAAAAUCUGUUUGCAUAUGUCAGAUGUUUUGACAACACAAGGAUGUUAUUAUGCAUUGUGCUUAUUUUAAUAAAACUGUUUUAAAUUCUA